AGAAUUUCAUUUUCUAUUUUCUGCUUAAUAGUUUUACUGAACAUAAUGUCAUCUGAAAAAUAUAACCCAACACUUGAGAGUGUAGAAAAAGAUAAACAGCUCCCAAAUGCAUGGUCAGCCAGGAUUCAAAUGCACGAUUCCUCAGCUACUGCAUCGAAUUAUGAGGAGAAAAAUGCGUGUGUGGCAAACUUGUCUGAUGUUGCUACGGCAUUGCACUCAUUGCCAUCGCUGCUAUCUCGGUCUGCCCUCACUGAAGUGGAGUCAUCAAGUCUUCCCAGUGGUGCGCUCUCCAUUGUUAAUACAAUAGGUCUAACAAAUGAAAAUACUCUUCACAAAGACCAAGCAUCAUCUAUUACUGAUGCUACCAACAAAUCAGAAGAAGGCCAAAGUUCUAAUCUUAAUGUACAAUGCCCUCAUCUUCAAGGACCUGGAGCCAUUUCAAAGAAAAUUGAUUUUUUCCCAAAAAUAAAUGAACCUGGAAAUUCUGAUAUGACUCUGAAAAAUGACCAAAUAAGAAUUGGCUCUCUCGUUGAUGGUACUCAACAUAAUGAAGACUUGUCAUCCAUAGCAGGAGCUCUUCCUUGCACCUCAAAUCUUAUAAGAUUUGAAGCUAUUCCUGAUCCAAGCUCCCGUCCCUCAGAAAAUGUCUUGGAAACGGCUGACUGCCCAAAAGCUCUCUCUACUUGGCAGGACAUUACUUCAAAUUCUGCAUGUUUUGAAGCCCCCACUUCAAGGUUUGGGGCAUCAGUGAAGUCUUCUGUCAUGGGUUCAGUAAAUGACAUGCCAAAGUCAACUAAUAUGAAGACGUUGCCUAAUUGCUUUUCUGAAGCAGGAUUAGGCCUUGAUCAAAGGGAAGACUGUUUGCCAAUUCCUAGCUCAAAUUUAGGUAUUCAAUCCUUUGUUGGCAAUUCCAAUCCAAAUGAGAGCCUAUCAAGAUUGAGAGCUGCCAAAUCUAUUCCCACUGAACAGUGUAGCUUCUUAUCACCCCAGCCUACCCUACAUGGAGCCCAGGUCUUAUUGCCUGUUGGACCUAACGGUGUAGAUUCUGUUCAAAAAGCUCGUACUGAACCUUGUUGUGAAGUUGCUGUUGCCAGCUCCACAACCUCUAAGAUAAUCUUGACCAGCAAUAGUAUCAGCAAUAUCAGCUCAGCUGCUGGUAAUAUCAGCUUGGCUGUCAGCAAUGCUAUCUCAGCUGCCAUUAAUACAAUCACAGCUGCCAGCAAUACCAGCUCAGCUGCUGGCAAUACCAGCUCAGCUGUCAGUUCUUCAUUAAGUUCAUUUAGCCCCGAGCAAGUUGUUUGCAAGGGUGACUUGGGCACUGAAGCUUUGAGAGCAACAAGAGCAGACUCUCAGAACAUUGCUGCACAUGCUGCUGCUGAUGGACAGCAUCAGCCACUCAAAGCAGCUGUGUUCAAUGCAAAGGCUGGCCCUGUUUACAACUGGCAAGCAACACUUACAACAGUUAAAGAUAGGUUUGCAUUUUUGUUCAACAAUGAAAUCCUGAGCGACGUUCAGUUUGUUGUGGGUCGUGGGGAGGAGGAGCAAGUGAUACCAGCACACAAGUUUGUUCUGGCAGUUGGCAGUGCAGUGUUUGACAUCAUGUACAUCAUGUUCAACUGA